AUGAAAGAUCUCGGAAAGACGAAAUUCUGCUUGGGAUUGCAGAUUGAGCAUCUUGUGGAUGGAAUUCUACUGCACCAGAUGGCGUACACCGAGAAAAUUCUCAAAAAGUUUUUCAUGGAUCAGUCUCAUCCUUUGAGUAGUCCAAUGAUUGUGAGGUCACUUGAUGUAAAAGGACCCUUUCGCCCUCGGAAAAAUGAUGAAGAAGUUAUUGGUCCUGAAGUACCAUACUUGAGUGCCAUAGGAGCAUUGAUGUAUCUUGCUAGUCAUACACGACCUGAUAUAUCAUUUGCAGUGAACCUAUUGGCAAGGUUUAGCUCAUGUCCAACCAGAAGACAUUGGAAUGGGGUUAAACAUAUAUUUCGUUAUCUGCAAGGCACGAAAGAUAUGGGUUUAUUCUUUUCUAAUACAUGCAAGGAAGACUUGAUUGGUUUUGCAGAUGCAGGAUAUUUGUCUGAUCCACAUACUGCUCGUUCACAAACUGGAUAUGUGUUCACUUGUGGAGGUACUGCUAUUUCUUGGCGUUCUAUGAAGCAAACUCUUGCAGCUACUUCUUCUAACCAUGCAGAGAUAUUAGCCAUCCACGAAGCUAGUCGUGAGUGCGUUUGGUUGAGGUCUGUAGUCAACACAUUCGAGAAGAUUGUGGUGUACAACAGGAAAAGGAAGCUCCAACGGUUAUGUAUGAAGAUAAUGCUGCUUGCAUCGCACAACUCAAGGAUGGGUACAUCAAAGGAGACAGAACGAAGCACAUUCUACCGAAGUUUUUCUUCACCCAUGAGUUACAGAAGAAUGGCGAUGUAA